AUGUACCUCUCUCAAGGGCCCAAAUGGACAUUGAACUUCCCCAAAUCGCCGUCAUAUGUAUGCUCCCAAGGCGCCGGUAAGCCUUCCCUCAUCGAGUCCAUAUCCGGCAUCACGCUACCGCGCGCCGCGGGAACCUGUACACGAUGCCCGACCGAGUGCCGGCUCUCGCGGUCGGGCGGGCGCUGGCAGUGGGCCGACCUGGACCCCAUUUACCAGAAGUACCUGCGCACGCCGAACUUGAUCAAGCGGUUGAGUGAUAUUUUGUCGGAUUUGAUCGAGAAGAGGCGCAUUUAUGAACUCCCAGAAAUCCACGAAGAAAUCGAGGCCACGUUGCGCCGCACGCAGAGGGCCCCCGAGGUCCUCCCGCCCACGCCCUCCCCACAUCCCUUCAGUGACAUUCAGCGCCUCGUCCACGCCUUUGUGCGCGACGCGGAGGAGAACGUCGUCAAGGGCGUGCCAGAUGAGGACGGGCUGCUGCAGACCAUACGCCCCGAGCAUGAUAAGCGGAAGGAGGGGAAGCGAAUGCAUGGUCAGCCGUUCAUGGAGGAGGGAAGAGAUGGCGCAGGCAUGGGGAAGGACGUGAACCCUGGACCGGGACCCGUUGUCAUUGACCUUGAUGCGGAAGAGUCGGAGGCGAGCGACACCAUCUAUGUCGACGAGGUCGCGAAGGUAUGA